AUGAAAAGGAAACAAAGGAGAUACAGGACCACAUUUAAUAAUUAUCAGCUACAAGAACUUGAGAGAGCUUUUAUGCAAACACAUUAUCCUGAUUGCUUUUUCCGGGAAGAACUAGCACUGAGGAUUGAUUUAACAGAAGCAAGAGUUCAAGUAUGGUUUCAAAAUAGACGUGCAAAAUGGAGGAAAAAUGAGAGAAUCGACGAUACUGGUAGUGUAGGAUAUGACCACAAUCACCAUGACGAUAUGGCUUCAUCAACAAAAUCACUUCUUCAAGAUUGUGAGCAGCCCCAAUCUGUACCUCAACAACAGCCUCAAAUGGAUCAUGAAUCAUCUAAACUUCUUAGUCAUUCAACUUCCGAUGAUCGCUUGUCUCCGAAUUUGUUCCUGAAUUUAAAUUUUGAGACAUCAAAUGCUUUAGACACGAAUGUCAAUGCAUUAAAGUUUGAAUGGAGUAAUUUUCCAAAUCUAAUGAAUUCGACAAUAACAUCAGUGCCUUCAAAUCUAUCAAUAUCCCCAGUAUCACACAGCAAUCAUAACAACAAUAUGCAUAGCAAUAAAAAUUCCUUUGUUUCAUCACCUACGUAUGAGUUCUUGAAUGUCGAUCAAUUUAACAUAGAUAACUUUAAAAAUGAAUGCAUCUUAAAUUUGGAUCAUAACUUAUUGAAUUCUGUUAAUGAUGCUUCAUCAUUAAUUUCUAGUCCAAUGGCCCAAUCACAUCGCAGUAUGGAUCUACAUGGAUUCUCUUUAAGUGACACGCUGAGUGAGACUAAGGAGCUUCUUGAUCUUGAAAAGCCUAUCAAUAUUAACAUAAGUGAUAAAUAUUAA